AUGGAGGUGGGCAGCAGCAUGGGCGUGGUGGCAGCACUCAAGGACCACGCGCGCCAUGCCACGCGCCUGGCAGUGGCGCCCAGGGGCACACUCAUGGCCAUAGCGGACAACCUGGGGCGCGUCAUGGUGCUGGACUCGCAGAUCUUUGCUGUCGUGCGCAUGUGGAAGGGGUACCGGGAGGCGGAGCUGGCGUUCUUGGAGGUGCCGAUAGUGAGUGCGGGCAUGACAUCCAUGGGGGGCGCGACGCCCAACGUGCACCUGCAGCUUGUGCUCAAGCCGCGCAACCUCGCCAUGUGCCUCGCCAUCUUUGCCCCACGCCGAGAGGUCGUUGAGGUGUGGCAGAUGGUGGGGGGUCCGCGCAUUGCUCUCUUCCGCUGUGCCAGCAACAGCCGGCUGCUGCAGCCAGCAGCAGUGAUCGGCGCCCCACACACCACGCCCCCGCCCGACCCGCACGCACCUCCCACGUCGUCACACUCGCUGGACAUAUCCAAGGGCAUCUCGUCUCUGCUGCACGGCUCCUCCUCCUCCUCUGCCUCCGCUGCCAGCGCAGGCGCGCAUGCGGGCGCGGAGGGCGUGUAUGGGCAGCGGCACCGUGCGUUCAUCCUGCAUGGCAACACAGGCCAGGUGUCGGAGAUCGUGCCAACUGUCUCGCUCACGGGAAGCCACCACACGCCAUCGGACGUGGGCACACGCCCCGGGGGCGCGCUGACAGAGAGCGACAUCUUCCAGCGGCUGUGCGACCUGCUCAAGCUCAAACGCAACUCCCGCGCCGCUGCCAUCGCCGCCUUCACCCACCUGCAGCACAAGGCCGCCGCUACCGCUGCUGUCAGUGGCGCGGGCAAAGGGGGGAAGAAGAAGCGCGGCAAGAAGAGUGGGCUGAGUGAGGUCAGCGAGGACGAGGAGGAGGAGGUGCAGGAGGACAGGGAUGGGAAGGACAUGGCGAGGAGAAAGAGCAAAGGGGGUUUGGAAGGGGAUGAAGCGGAGGAAGGCGAUGGGGAGGAGCAAAGGCAGACGGGCGGUGUGGGGAAGAGCAGUCGGUUGAAGGAAUCAACAGGCAAGGAUGGCGAGGAGGAGGAAGAUGAGGAGGAAGAGGAGGAGGAGGAGGAGGAGGAGGAGGAGGAGGGGGAGGAGGAGGAGGAGGAGGAGGAGGAGGAGCUGCAGGGGCGGCUGUCUCUGCGCAUGCGCAGCUCGUUUGGAUGGGAGGGCAAGAAGGACGCGGACGACGAGGAGGAGCAGGUGCUGCUGCUGAAGCUCACGGCGGCCCUCACGUCACCCGUGCGCAAGCUGCAGGUGCUGGACCUGCUCAUUGCCACGCGCCCUGCGCUCCCUGAGAAGUGCCACCUGGCAGUGAUGGAGGACGUGCUGACGUGUGUGGAGGAGUGCGUGGCGUACAACAAGCACGUGCUCGAAACAGAGAGGCUGCUCGCCCUGCGCCAGCAGCAGCAGGCAGCGCUGCAGCAGGGCGAGGAGGGAGUGGGGGGGGGCAGCAGCAGGGGCGGAGGGCGGGCUGGGGAGAGCAGCGCUGGAGGGUGCGUCGAGCCUUCUGUCGGGGGGCCUGGCCAUCGCCUGCUGCUCAAGGUCUUCAUCAAACUCAAGCGCGACCCCCACGCCGCACAGGACGCUGGCGGCAACGCACGAGCGCGCGAGGACGAUGGGUUGGACCUAGACGUGGAGCCUGAGAGGGGCCCGGGCAUGGGGUGGGAGCGGCGCUGGCGGCGGUGGCGGCGCGUGCGGGGCAAGGGGGGCAAGGUGAGCGAGGCGGAGGAGGCGGCGCUGGUGGCGGAGUCAGAGGAGCGCAAGGCGCGGUACCAGGCGCUCGUGGCGGACCUGGGCGCGUGGAUCUCCCUCUGUGAGUCCGAGAGCGAGUGCAACUACCUCUGGAUGGAGAGCAAGGGCAAGGUGGGCGGGGGAGGGGCAGCGGGGGGCAAAGGCGCAGGGGACGAGGCAGCGGGUGCACCCGCGGCGAAUGGAGCGGAGGAAGGGGAUGACGCGGUGGAGAGUCCGCCCCCUCCCAUGACGUCCACUGACUUCCUGCGUGCCUUCUCGUUUGACCCGUCGUGGGACCCCCGUGACACGCGCGAGGCCAGGCAGAGGGCCGCACCGGGCGCCGGCGGCAAGGGGCGCGAGGCAGGCGCAGGGCAACAGGAGAAGCAGGCGAGCAGGAAGGGCGACCUGUUUGGGUGGGGCAGCGACGGCGCGCGCGGCGACGACAAGGGCUUUGGCAUGUGGCUGGCCACAGGCAGCGAGCCGGCAGACCUGCGUGCCCUGGCGCAAUUCGUGAUGGGCGGCAUACUGCAGGGCGAGGCGGGCGUGCGGCGGCUGUUUGAGAUCAUGGACGUGGUGCGGCUGUCGUGGGAGGACUGGCAGAGCCUCUUCCUGCUGUGGUUCCGUGCUGUGAAGGUGGAUGAGCUGCUGUCCGUGGACCUAGACAUGCUCAUGGACGUGCUUCACCGCAUCAGCGGCCGCAUGCCUGACAUUGAAGCCCGCCUUGCUCUCCCCGACGGCUGGCAGUUCACCCCUGCGGCCAUCGCUGCUGCUACCGUGCACGGCCGGCCUGCUCCUGGGGCAGAUGGGGGGAAGGCCGCGGGAGGGGGUGGCGGGGGGGGGGGGGGUGCGGGGCAGGCGGGGCAGGGAGGAGGAGGGGGAGCGGUGAUGGGAGGGGAGGGCGGCGGGGUGGGGAAGGCGGAUUCGAGGGAGAAGCUGGAGAAGGCGCCGGAAGGGGGGCGGUACCCGCUGUUCCACGUGUGGUGCCACAACACGGGGGCUGUGGCCAAGGGGCUGUUCCUGGCGCGGCUGUGCGCACAGGUGGGCAAGGAGGACCUGCAGCAACUGGCCGCCGCGCUGAUGAAGGGGCACAUGAGCACGCGCAAGCGGCGGCCGCGGCGCAGGAAGGGCGAGGAGGAGGGUGAGGGGGUGGACGAGGAGGCGGCGGAGCUGGACGACCAGUGGCUGCAGCUGGCCCGUGAAGAGACCUGGAUCGAGCGAGGGUUGGAGCAGUGGCUGGCGCUGGCAAACAGGGUGGACGACGCAUGGAUCCUCGGCCGCUCCCUCGCGCACAUCUGCAAGCUCUCCACCGCGCGUGGCUACCCCCUCACACGCCCGCGCGUGCCGGCAGCAGCAGACGUGGGGCAGUUUGCAGUGGCGCAGUGGGUGGCGAAGCUGCAGCUGCUGAUCUCGCCGUCCGCCAUUGUGGUGCAGCACCUGCACCGCUCCCUGCUCAAGAUCGGCCGCCCCUCCUCCGCCCGCCAGCUCGGUAUCCGCCUACUGGAAGAGGGGAAAAAGUUGGAGGCGGGGCAGGGGGGGAAGGAGGCCAAACGCGGGCGGCGGAGGCGGGAGGGGCGGUGGGGGGAUGUGCGGGGGAGCAGGGUGGGCGAGGCGCGGAGGAAGGAGGAGGGCGAGUGGGCGAAUGACGAGGGCAGUGCGGAGGGUGACACGGAGUCAUGGCGCGGCUCGCACAACAGCCGGGGGGGCAGGGGGCGAGGCGGAGGGGAUGGGGACAGGGGCGGCGGCAGGGGAGGAGGGUCGGGGUCGGGGCGAGAUGAGUGGGAGAAGAGUGGGAGUGGAGGGGGAGUGGAGAGGAGCGAGAGUGAAGGGGGCGAUGCGAGGGGCAGUGGGGGGGGUGGCAGUGGCAGUGUGAGGGGGGGUGGGGAGGAGGACGCGUCAUCAGCGGUGGACGGGCACAGCGGCGCCAGUCCCAGGGGCUCCACCAGUGGCAGCGGCAGUGACUGGCGCCAGGGGGGCUCUGAGGGCGGAGGGCGCCCAGGGGGGGGGGGCGGGCGGGGCAGUGGGGGAGCGGGGGAGCGGGAUGGCGGUGGCGGUGGUGGCGGUGGCGGUGGCGGUGGCGGUGGUGGGAAGGGGCACAGCGGGCCGCUGGGGAAGCGCACGGGGAGGAAGCCGGUGCACAAGGGCAGCAGCAUGCUGCGCGCGCGCAAGCUGCUGCUGGCAGGAGAGUCAAUGGCGGCAUCAUCCAUAGACGACCUGGACGACCCCGACCUGCCUGAUGAUGACGACGCCAGCACCGGCAUGCGCCACCGCAUCAUGGGCCGCGUCGGCCAGCGCGGCGCCGCCAAGCCCAGGGCCAGCGCUGCAGGCGGGUACGGCGGGGAGGCGGAGGAGUGGGCGGAGGGCGGGGGGGAGUACGAGGAGUCGUGGAACGGGGAGGUGGAGGAGGAGGCGGUGCGCGACCCCAUAGACGAGGCCGUGGAGCGCGAGGAGGUGGAGGAGGCGGUGGAGCUGCUGAAGGAGAUGCUGGUGCGCUUCCCCGACGCGUGCCACACGGACAUCCUGGGCGCGCACCGCUCCAUGGACCUCUGCCGCCACUGGGGCCAUGCUGUUGGGCUGGGCGACCCCCUCGCUGCCCCACCUGCUGCGCCCGGCGCUGCUGCUGACGUGCCCGUGGCGCCCUCGUGUGGUCCACCGCCUACGGUGCGGGGAUACGAUGCGGACGCCAACGACCUGCUCUUCUUCACGCACGAGCAUGUGUCCACGCUCUCCACGGUCGCGCUCAAGGGCGGCAUGGUUUGUCGCAUCUGGAACAUGCUGGCUGGCAGGCGGGCAGCGGCGGCGGUGUCGCUCAUGCAGACGCUGGCAAGGGCACCAUCGGAUGAGGAGUGUGAGAGGGCCAGCGGGCUGGGGUGCACAACGGCAGCGGAGGCAGCGGGGUCACUGGGAGCGUACGAGGCGCUUCUGGUGCUGCUGUUUGACUGCACGCUGCUGUCCGAGGCGGGGGACGACUCCGACCGCGCCACCCAGGAGCACGAGGUCUUCCUCUGCAACAUCGACGACACCUGUCGCGACGCCAUUCGCGAGUUCCGGCGCAACACGCCGAGCAGUGAGCGUGUGCAUGAGUACAUGCUGCUGAUGCGCACGGUGGGCGUGGCCAUGGCGCUCAACGUGGACUAUGUGCCCCUCGCCGCCAUGUUCCGCUCCGGCCUCCUCGCCUCCUUCCCCAACCUCAUCACCCCGUCCCCACCGGACGUGGACGACGGGUUGGACGAGACGAAGCGAGCGGAGAUCCGGCUGCAAUUCCUGCUGGCGGUCAUCCUGGCGCAGCUGCGCCACGGGCCCGUCACACGCCCCGACCACUUCCUUGCGUCCACGUCGCGCACGGGCAGCGGCACGCGGCUGCGCGUGUUUGAGGCGCGGUACAAGGGCUCCUCCGCGUUCAUGCUGGCGGGCGACCUGGGCGUGCCGCACGACGAGCUCAAGCGCCGCCAGGUCGCGCUCAAAUACCUCAAGCAGUGA